AUGCGCGAAAUAGUAAGAAAAAAGUCGAAAAGAACAGAGAAUGGAAACCCCAAAAGAUAUGAAAAACGAAAUCGAAGAGAAACAAAUAGGGAAAGGAAAAGGACCUGGAAAAAUGAGCGUCUUGCACAAAAAGAAGCAAAUACUUCUUCUAUCCACCCAGAGGAUCCGCGCUCCGGAGAGCGCGAGCUCGUAGAACCCUGGCAGCAUCAUAGCCAGGCUUCAGGGCCGGGGAUAUUCCUGGCUGGACCUCCUCGACUCGACAAGCGAGUGACGGGCGUGCAGAGAAAAUCAAGCCAUUUCGCUCUCCACCAAUCUAAUACCGCAAGAAACAACAUCAUACAUCAUUUCGUGGAAGAUAGUGAAAUGAUCGCAUGGCAGCGGCUCGAGAAGUCAGCAUUAGUUAAUGGCAGCGAUUCAUUGGCCCAAAAGGGAGUGACGUGA